AUGGCCAAUACGCUUCCACGUAAUGGACUUAUUUGCUGCGGUCCCGCACAAAGGAAAUUUAAGUUGGCUAGAAAGGCUUCUGCAAACACUUUUUCUCUAUGGUGUGGUAUCUUAGCUAAACCCAUACUCCUGUUAGACCGAGCCACAGAAGCUUUGAUGGUCACAGUAACUUGUUUAGGGGAGACAAUAAGUGGAGACUGCUUAUUAAUUAGUCAUAAUGGAGUAAACAUUCUUAUUGAUCCUGUCCUUGACUUGCAGUCGUCACUUUUAUAUGUACCACAGGAAACUAAGCAUUCACAAGAACAAAGAAAAUUUAGUCUUAAGAAAGACGAGGAGUAUAACUUUUUAGCGGCUUAUUUACGGCAAGAUGACCCUACUUUUUUCAAAGCUGACGAUGUUCUUAAAACUUUUGGGGAUUUUAGUCUUAUAAAUACUAAAAUUAAGUAUAGAUCUCCUUUGUUUGAGCUGAUCGAGUUUAGUGAGAUUGACGUUGUUCUACUAUCCAAUUCCUCGACUUUAUCUGGACUUCCUUAUAUUACUGAUCAUCCCGAGUUUAAUGGGGUCAUUUACGCUACAGAACCAACAAUUAGACUUGGGUAUCACUACCUUGAGGAACUGCUUCGAAAUAUAAGCUCUUCCAUUUGCAAAGCGGACAAUGCCCAUCGCAAACUUUCUUGUUUUCUCGAUUACCUUCCUGAAGGAGUCGAACAUCUGAAUUACAAACCCCUUUAUGAUCUUUCCAGCCUGAAGAAGUGCGUUUCUACGAUCACUUGUGUAUCUUUUAGAGAGAAAGUGAAUGUUUACGGUUUACUCGAUAUCACGCCGUCCAGUUCUGGAUUUUCUAUUGGUAGCUGCAACUGGAGUAUACAGUCGUCGUUUGCUAAAAUAUGUGUCAUGACGGCCUCCUCCACUUUUUCUACGGGGCAUCCAGUUUCCAUCGAUGUGGAGGCCCUUAAAAAUGGAGAUUUACUUAUAAUGAACGGGUUAUCGCCAUUCUCGCCGACUCCCGUAGCGGAUGUUCUUGGCGAGAUCUGCCGGGAUGUCGCGCUUGCGGUCUCUUCAGGAGGCAACGUACUCUUCCCUGUACGUGCGUGCGGAUUGGUGUACGACCUACUUGAAAUUCUCCAUGUGCACUUGAACAACUUGAACAAGCAAGGCGUCCCGUUUUAUUUAAUUUCCAUGUCAGCCUCUGCUUCACUCGCUUACUCUAAUAUAUUUUCAGAAUGGCUAAAUACUGAAAAAGCAGAACGCGUGUUUCUUCCCGAAGCGCCAUUCGCGCAUGAGGAAAUGACACGUGCGCAGCGGUUGAUAGUACUCGAUUCGGUGGCGAACACCGAUGAGAUUCGUAAAAUGCGUCAGCCGUGCGUGGUGUUCACGGGCGAUCCAACUCUUCGUUGGGGAGAUUCAUGUUAUUUUCUUCGAUUAUGGAAAAGCAACCCUCACCAUCUUGUGGUGUUUACAGAUCCUGAUGUCUCUGUUCCUGCUAGUCUGGCUCCCUUUUUACCAAUAAAAAUGAAAGUUCGUAUACAUCCUACAGAUACCCGAUUCACAGCUCCGGAAGUUAAUGCAUUGCUCUCCGACUUCGCGUUUCACUCAGUGCUGAUGCCAAAAAAUUACUUGAGUGGCUUCUUUUUUAAAGAAAAAAAAGCUAUUUCUCCUCCGAAAAAGAUUGAAUUAUUAACUUAUGAAAGUGGAGACGAAGUUCAUAUACCAUUAAACAACCGCUUUAUUACUGCAUCAAUGACGAAAGACUUAGCAAAUAGUAUCAGGUUUUGUCGUGUCAGUUCGCAAACAUUGGCAUCUUCAAUUAAUGGACAGUUGUCUUUAUAUAACAAUACUUGCGAACUUGUACCUUUUAUGUCCUCUUAUCAAACUGGACACCUUUUUGGUACAAUCGAGACAGACAAAUUAGUUCAGACACUUAUUAAUAAUUUGCAUGGGGGAGUCCAAAUUAUCAAAAAGGACUCGCUCACGUUGGAACUCCAUUUUGAAAGUUUAAGGUCAGUUGUCCACGUGAGCCCACAUAAGACGAUCAUCCACGUGGAGGAUGGCAACGAAGCUACAAGAUUGAGGAUUAAAGCUUUGCUACUGCAGCAUUUGACAACUUUAAAUUUAUAA